CCAAGGCUCGUUUUUUUUCUCUCUUCCUACAGGGGACUGUGCACUUCCACAUCAAACUGUAUAAAAACUCUCAUUAUGUAUUUGCCUGAGCUGUUGCAAGGGCUAAAUCUUCAUCACUGCUUGUAGAGAAUAUGCACAUAGCUGCACGUGCACGCGCGAGGAGACGAGGAUACCCUGCUGCAAGCUGCUGCUGCAAGACACAGAGAGGGGGACCGUGCCGCGCGCUUUCAUCAAUAUAAUCACCAUCCUGAGUACUAGCUCUUAACAUUUUGUUUUUCGGUUGUUCAGGCGAGAAGUGACAAGAAUAUAGACCCCUCCUCUGCAGGGCGGAGCGUGCAUUUUCAUCUCCUAUUUUGUAUUCUUUUCUAUUUUUUUUCCUCCUACCCCUGUUCCCUGCUCUGACACGUCUGCACUGAGUGAGUGGCAUUGGCACACUGUCAAUCGCUCACUACCGCUGCCAUCAAACAACAUAAAACACACACAGGCAAGAGGCUGGAGCUCAUAAAUUUCAGCAGGGCAAGAUAUUUUUUUGCGCAUCGCCUUUUACGCACAGCGCUGUAUCCUAAUUAAUUUCCUUCUUCUCGCUGUUGCUGUUUUUUUUUUUUGUUGUUUUUUUUUCUAAAACAGAAAUCUCCCAACUUUUUUUUAUUGCACAUUUCAUAUUUUUAUAGCCGCCUUGUAUGCAGCGAGAAUGUGUAUUUUUCUAAAUGCUGCCGGAGUGAUUUCUGCACAUUUAUAGUUGGCAACACCUGCAAAGCCUAAGAUUUUUUUUCUUAUUUGUUUUUUUCCAACAUUGGAUAUUUUUUUUUGGUUGCCGGUGCUUCACGAGGAGGAUUUGGACAUUUUUUUUUUUUCCUGGAAGAGGAAAUGCGACCGGGAUCCCUUGCAGAAGAAGAGCGCAAAUAAAUGAGAGAUCACCCAAAAGGAGCGUUUCUGUGUGUGGCUGCCGUCAAACCCCAGAGAAAACCACAGACCGGCGUGAGGAUUGCUGCGGGAAGCGAUGGACCGACAGUUUUGACAAAGAAGUUUUAAUAAGAAGAAGACGCAAACACGAGAUUGAUGCGUUUUUCUACUAACACAACCGCGCGUUUUGGCACUUAUUUGGACCGCGCGUAAAAAAACAAAAAAAAACAAAGAGGACAGCGAGAACUUGGACACAAGAUUUACGCGAAAAACAUCCCUGCUGUAGUCUUCAUUUAGAGAAAAAAAAAAACACAGCGUGUGUGCUCCUGUUUCGCUGAAGAAGCCCCACAAGCCGCGCACAUCCCUCCAGUCUGCGGCACAUGUUGUAGCCCAUUUCGUAUAUGAGUUUUUCAAUUUGCGUGGCUCAGUGCACAGACUCUUUAGCGGCUACUAUGGACGAUCAAGCCCGGAUCAUGCAGUCGAUCGGCGGCGUGAGUCUGGCCGGCCACUCGGUACAGGGAGGCAUGGUACUGCCGCCUCCCCACGGACACGACGGGUCGGACGGGGACGGAAGAAAACAAGACAUUGGUGACAUUCUCCAUCAAAUCAUGACCAUAACUGAUCAGAGUCUGGACGAGGCGCAAGCAAAAAACAGGAAACAUGGACUGAACUGUCACAGAAUGAAACCAGCACUCUUCAGCGUUCUCUGUGAAAUCAAAGAAAAGACAGGUCUCAGCAUCCGCGGUGCCCAGGAGGAGGACCCCCCGGACCCCCAGCUCAUGCGUUUAGACAACAUGCUGCUGGCCGAGGGCGUGGCGGGACCAGAGAAAGGUGGCGGAUCCGCCGCCGCCGCAGCAGCAGCCGCGGCCUCGGGCGGAGCGGCCGACAACUCCAUCGAACAUUCCGACUACAGAGCCAAACUCACCCAGAUCAGACAGAUCUAUCACACAGAGCUGGAGAAAUACGAACAGGCGUGUAAUGAAUUCACUACACAUGUGAUGAACCUGCUGAGGGAACAGUCUCGCACGCGGCCCAUCUCUCCUAAAGAGAUCGAGCGCAUGGUGGGAAUCAUCCACCGCAAGUUCAGCUCCAUCCAGAUGCAACUGAAACAGAGCACCUGUGAGGCUGUCAUGAUCCUGCGCUCCAGAUUCCUUGAUGCCAGGCGGAAAAGGAGAAACUUCAGCAAGCAGGCGACGGAAAUUUUGAACGAAUAUUUCUACUCGCACCUCAGCAACCCAUAUCCCAGCGAGGAGGCUAAGGAGGAGCUGGCCAAGAAGUGCAGCAUCACAGUUUCCCAGGGGGUGGGAAGCACCAUCACAGUAUCACAGGUAUCCAACUGGUUUGGCAACAAAAGGAUCCGGUACAAGAAAAAUAUCGGCAAGUUUCAGGAAGAAGCCAACCUGUAUGCCGCCAAGACUGCUGUAAAUGCGGCACACGCUGCAGCCGCUGCAGUGCAGAACAGCCAGGCCAACUCCCCUACCACACCUAACUCCGGAUUCCAGAUGAAAGAUGAAGAGUUUCAGCUGGAUUCUGCAGAGAGCAAAAACACUCUUUUAAGCAACAUGUUUACUGGUGGAUACCCUGCGCCAUGUUAUCAGUCAGACGGCAGGAUACAAUGAUGCUCUUCGGGGAAACACCAUGUACAGUCCACAUGGCUUAAAUGCUAAUGGGGGAUGGCAAGAUGCAGCGGCUCCGUCUUCUGUAAUAUCUCCGACAGAAGGACCUGGAAGUGUGCACUCCGAUACCUCGAAUUGAUCCGCCAUUAAUGCAUCUCCUCCUCAACCUGGGCAUGGACUCUUUUACUGGCUGACCAACAGCAGAGCAUAUUUAAAAAAAAUCACGACAGAUUUUGUUUUCCUUUACCUUAAAAAUGUUCCACCACCACGCCACACGAACAGCAUCCUCCAUCACAGACACCAAGUGAAUCCUGAUUGUUGAUCCGUGUUUUCUUUCUGCCUUCACACAUCAGCCAUGCCCUUAUUUGAUUGUCAUAGGAGUAAGCACACACAAAUGUAUAAAUAAAGAACAGCCCUCAGAUGUUACUCAGCAAACUUUCUCUGCUCUGAACUCAAAUUACUGGAGGACACUUGUGUAUUUAAGAUGACAUUUUAAACGGCCAUUUGUUUGAUUCUUGAUUCAAUUACACCUCUCCAUUUUGAUGAUUGCUUUCUCUUCGCAUUCUUACAGUACGUAGAUUUAAGCAGCGGUUUCUUUUGACUGUAAUGUGCUCCACAUCUUGUCCAGCAACUCAACAAUGCUAAUGUUGACAGCUCAAUGGCAGCUUUGUAGUUGCGUUCAAGAUUUAUUUUCGCCUUACAGCCCCAUACAUUAGUACCAGAGAAUGACUAUUCAAACUCUGGAACAUAAAGAAGUGUAAUUGAUUGCUUGACUAUAACAUGACACCAUUCCAUAUUUUAUAAUUUGAUGUUUAGUAUGUACAUAUGUAAACAUUUUUUUGUACUGCUUAUGGAAAUCCACAAAUCCCCCUUACGGUAGAUCAUUCCUUCAUGGCACAGGAGCAGGCCCCCAUUACGCAGGAAAAGUUGUACAUAACAUAGCUAAAGAGUAAUUAUACAUCCCAUCCGUCGAUCCACAGCUUUAUUACCUCAUUCAAAUUCACACACACCAAUAAUUUCCAACUUUUCUGUAGCUUAGAGUGCUCACUUACUACCUCUAAACAAAAAUCACCACAUCAUCCUUUCUUUUGUCCUUAUUUAAUGUUUUUAUGUAGUUAUUUUUGAUGACAUCUUGUAACACUGUAAACUCUAUCAUUCUCUAUGUAAUCUAAUGUAUAUUUUAAUCUUUUAAUAAAAUACUGUUGCGGUACUGCAACUUAAAAAGACAAAAAUAUAAAAAAUGAAAACGAUAACAAUAUUAAUACCGUGACGAAGAGAUGUGGGGAGGGUGUGGGGGGGGCGAGGUUACUGGUCUGUGGCUUUUACGACGGGGGUGCGAUGAACAUUGUUGAUAAAUUAACGCCAAACAGUGAAACUGUUGUAAAUACUAAAGAAAAAAAAACAUUUUGAAUGUUGCUCAUCUUGUUACUAAAUCAUGCAAAAAAAAGAAAAAAAUCCCUAUAAAAACUGUAAUGCAUAGAGGUUUCAGUAUUCAGAACUGUACAUUUCAAGCUCUGUUCAACAGAGUUCAAGACUUCUUUUCUCUCUUUUCUAUUGUAUGUGAUUCUGAAACUGAAAAGUCAUGACAGAUGAUUUGUGGCAGUGAUUCUAAUGUAUUAAAGAUGUUUAGUGUUACUUUCUAACCAGACUACGCCCUGGACUGAAAAGUCUUCCUUGUGGUAGUUGUGUAAUUUCAAACAUGAAUAAACCUUUUGCUUUCAUGACA